AUGGAAACAUGUAAGGAUGACGUCAACACCAAAAGUGAAGGCAGAGCGGUUGACAUUGGAACGGUGUCGUGCGAGGAUGAUGACGUGGAACAACUCCUCAUAAGUCGACUUCUCGAGGGACAUAACAAGCACGUGCGACCAGUACACAACAGAAACGAUAAUGUACAUGUCGGUUUUGAUGUCUCGUAUAAUCAACUUGUCGACUUGGUGAGAACGUUUUGCGAAAACGAAGCUAACUUUAUUUACACUAGUUAGCUCCCUAUCAAUUCUAAAGUAUUCUCUCUACAGGUCCAAUAAGGGACAUCUCUUAUUGAUCCAGUGUUACUACAGGAGGAAACCUGAACGCAACUAACUUUAUUUAACCGGGUAGCUCCAUCAGUUCUAAACUAUUCUUCCUAUUCUCUUAUUGGCCCAGUGAUACUACAGGAGGAAACAGGAGUACUUGAGAGAAACAUUUGCUGGCCCUGGUAGUCAAACUUCACACAUUCAGUUGAGGUUAAGUUAUAAUGAGACAGCAUUAACUUGAAAAUAUUUUAGAUAACAUUGUAAAUGUUUUAGGAUGGAAAAAAGCAAAUCCUGACAAGCAAAGUUUGGGUUCGACAGGUGAGACACGCAUAUAUAGCCCCCCUACAUCCAAUUCAAAAAAGGUUAUCCUUUGCAAACCUUAAAUCUUAAACUCUAAGGGCGCAAAGCUUAUGGGAGCAUAAGUAUCAAAUUUAGGGACCGGUCAUAAAGUAACUGCUAGGGUGGGCUGGAGUGAUUUGGGAUGGGCCAUGGAAAAUCUUUGGGCAGUUUCGAUGGGCCACCAAUUUUUUUGUAUGUCCACGGUUGGGCCACCAAACAAAAACCCAUGCAUGUCUGCUUCAAAUUUAAUAAAGAUAAUAAUAAAAGUAAACCAAAACUGUCCAAAUCAUCAAAUGCAAAUAAUGCUAUUGAAGCCAGCACUUUGUUUAUACAACAACAAGACGUGGUCGAAUCACAGCAAAUACAACCGGCUGGAGAGCAGCUCAGUAUCAAUGUGUUGGUCAAGCUUGGUGGAAUUAUGUAUGUCACUACAGUGCCAUGUAUAUUUUACAAUGUUCAUACCUGCAAGUUUUUUUUAUUAUAAAAGUGUAUUUUCCCAAUUUAGAAUGGGUGGGUCAUGAAAAUUUUUUAUCAUAUCCUAAGAUGGGUCACCGAACUUAUUGGCAAAAUUUGUGAUUUACUUCCAGCCCACCCUAGCAGUUACUUUAUGACCAGUCCCUUAGUAGUUGAAUAUUGCAGCUAUUUCUGAAUGAAUUGUUCUCGUAAAGAGAUAUUAACCAUGUCUCUAAGAAAUGGGCCCCAUAUAUGAUUUCCAAACUAACUAUAUGAUGCUCCCUAAUAUGCUUCACUGGAAAAAUUUUGAAAAUCCAUAGACGGUCAUAGAAUGGAAAUUGUAUGGACCUUUAUUGGAAAUAAAAUGGAUUUUGGUUCUCCAUAAUAAUUGUAUAUUUCCAUGGUAUGGAUAUAGUAUGGAAAUAGGAUGAUAUACUAUGGAUUUAGUGGUGCAAUUGCAAAUUUCGUAGUGUGGAUUUCACUUUUUUUCCAGUGCUUUGCACACUUACACCCGUUUUCAAAAUUACGCGAUCAAAGACGAAAAUGCUAGAGUUGACAUGUCAGUUUUAUGUAAUUCGAUCACGAAGUUCAAAUUUUGAGUUUUGCGGUUCCUUGUCGAUGUAUAUGCUUUGUAUGCUUCAUAUAAACAGACUUACAAUGAUUUUCAAGAUAUUUUAGUGGGAAUUAUUGUAAAAUUUAAGCACGACAAAAUCAUAACAUCACCGUUAUAGUCUAGCGCGCGUGUUUUAUACUGACAGCUAUAUUCCAGGAUAAAUUGUUAUUUUUCAAACUUUAAACGUCAUUCACGGCACAUAUAUUUAUGUUGUGAUGGUUUGUAUUGUGCUUUAGUUUGUAUAUCUAAGUUAUCUGACUCAUUUUUGUUCAGUUUUGGUAUUAAUUACGGUUUAAAAUGUCUUUAGACAGUUUGUUUACGUUUGCUAUUUUUAGCAGUUCUUGUGACAUAAAACUGACAUUUGAAGUAGGAGUAUUUUUCAGGGAGGUCGCGUAAUUUUGAAAACGGGUGUAAGAGUUUAAGGUUUGCAAAGGACGACCUUUAUUGAAUUAGCUGUAUAUAUUGUUCUCCCAAACUGCAAACGUUUAGCAUAUUUCUGCUCAUCACGUUCAUUAUUGCUCAUUAUUGUGCAACACAACUGAGCUCUGUAACCGAAUUAUAAAGUACCACUACUUUCAUUCUUCAACAACGUAACUUCAAGAUUUAAGAUGGCAAAUAACUUCGUCUGAAAGCUUAGAGUGGAGGAAGGAGAGUGGAAUUGAUAUUUCUUUCUUACAGGUGUGGCACAACGCGUUUCUUACAUGGAACAAAACGAAAUACUGCAACAUCAACAGGAUUCAACUUGACCCUGAACUCAUAUGGAAACCUGAUAUUGUUCUAUACAACAGGUUCGUAUCCAACAACAUUAUAUUAAAGGGGCAAUGUCACCGACUUUUGAGCAAUUCUAACCCUCGCAAAUUUUGCCCAAAACUGAAAAAGAAGCACAAAAUAAAGCAAUAACAGACACAAAAAGAAGUCUGGACGGGCAAGAUUACGCCAGGAUUGAGAUGGAUUGUAAAUGGCAUCUUGAUUAAUUGUUGGCAGACACUUUUUCAUGUUUUAGUCAAUUUUUAUGAAAAUGUCAUGUACAUGUUGCGUGGAGGUUUAAAGUUGUUUAAUAUGACUCAUAUAUCAUAACUUAAUCCGUUUACACUGUUUAUUUUUAACUUUGUAGUUUAGUUUUUGAAUAAAGGGCAUUUUAGGUCAAAAAUCGGUGACAUUGCCCCUUUAAGGUAUGUGUGAGGGUUGAACAAUGAAACGAGCAUGCCAAAAAUAAUACAACAUGUCCAUUUCAAUCCUCCUUUCAGAGUUAACUUUACAAAUCUACUCUGCCCCUAAUCACACGCCCAUUAAUUAUUAACAAUAACAUUUAUGUACUAAUAGACCUUUCCCCUUUUAAGUGAAAUUUUGAUCUAGACAAGUCUCGACAAAACUUUGAUCACAGCUUGAAAGAGCAUCGCAAAAUUAGUAAUAUUCCGAAGUUUCGUUGCAAAAUGUUGUAAAAUGCGGAUAAUAUAGCCUUGCGAAGUUUGCCGUUUUUCAGUCAUUUUGCAUUACAAACGGGAAAUUGAUAAUCAGAUGAUCAAACUGUCCAGGCUAGUCUAGAUCAAAAUUUCACUUAAAAGGGGAAAGGUCUAUUAAACACCCAUCUUAUAAGAUCUUUGUCGAAGUAUUUUUAAAAAUAAACGUUGUCUAAGCCGAGAAAAUCAAAGUUAAAGUUUAUGUAACUUAUGAUAACUUAUUCUUUUUAGUAUUGGUAUAAGCGCUGGUGGAGAGAUGUAUAAAUUCAACACAAUGAUCAACAUAGGCCACGAUGGACGCAGUCAAUGGUGGGCUCCGACGGAGAUCAAAAGUAUUUGCCACAUCGACAUCGCAUAUUUCCCAUUUGACCAUCAAAGAUGUUUCCUAAAAUUCGGCUCUUGGACACACACGACAGCCACGUUGAACUUAACCAUGACUCGACCCGGCACGGCUGAUCUGUCGAUGUAUUAUAUCAACGGCGAAUGGGAACUCCAAGGCGUCCCCGGCAUCCGAAAUAUCGUGAACUACAACUGUUGCCAUGAUCCGUUUGCCGAUAUUACUUAUAAAAUCAUUUUGAAACGAAGGGUGCUGUUCUACGUGAAUAACUUGGUUAUGCCAAAUCUAAUCCUAGCUGGGCUGGUGGUAUUUUCGUUUUAUGUCCCACCAGAAAGUGGUGAGAGGAUUUCACUGAAUAUCACGAUCUUGCUUGGGCUCACAGUGUUCUUGUUGUUGUUUAACGAACGUAUUCCGCCAUCGAGCGAAGUGGUACCGCUAAUCGGAGCGUACUAUUUCGCCCUUUUCUACCAAGUGGGCAUCUCAAUGAUCCUAACGUGCAUCACUUCUCGUUGCUAUCAUCACAAUGAGUUUCGCAAAAUGCCGCGUUGGUUUCGUUUUCUCAUAUUCCGCGUGCUCGCGCCAGUUUUUCGAAUGCAGAAUCGUAUCUCGGAUCAGAAACCCUGGCAACCGGUUGAGGUGAAGUACAAAAAGCCACAGAAGUUACUGCUGUAUAAAUCUGCAAACGGCACGCUAAAGUUGAAAGAGCGACAGCGCACCGAGUCCGUGACGACAAACGACGACGAUGAUAUUCCGCCCAUUUCCGAACCACUGCGCGUUUCCCUCGAGACAAAGAUGGACGGUAUUUCAAAACAGCUUGGAGUCUUUGUCGAUCAUUUAAAUCGCAACGAGGAAAUCGAAGCGAAAAAGGAGGAAUGGCAGUUUGCUUCCAUUGUUUUGGAUAAAUUUUUCUUCUGGUUUUUUGCGUUGUCCAUUACGUUAACAUUGGUGCUGUUUUAUUGGAAGAUUCAACAACAAUCGAUCGAUACAUCGGACCCGCAUCCCGCGUGA